CAUUUACACAUAAUUAUCAAAAAAAUACGUGUUUUAUACAAAUUUUCAGAUUUAUGUUUAUUAUCUUUAGGAUAUAUUGAAAUUGUCGAAUCGUUCUCGCGAUAUUUUGAUGUCAGUUAUCAGCCUGAGCAUCGCUUCGUGAAACGCAAAACCUGUUAAUUUACGGAACUAUUCCAGCUGUCAGCUGUCAAUUAAUACAGAGCACCUGCCAAUUAAACAGCCACACCCAGACGGGUUCAUAGUGUGGAGGACAGGAGCAGGUCGCGAGGUCUCAGAUAUGUCGAAUCCUGAGGUGAUCGCUGCGCGUCUCUUAUCAUUUGAUCAGAUGUACAGUUAUGAAAAGCGACUACAGACUUUCUCCGAGUGGCCUUUUCGAGAGGAUUGCCAGUGUACACCAGAACUGAUGGCCAAGGCAGGUUUUGUACAUUGUCCGAGUGAGAAUGAGCCCGACGUGGCCUGCUGUUUCUACUGUCUCAAAGAGUUGGAGGGCUGGGAACCUGAUGAUAACCCCUGGACCGAGCAUGCCAAACGCUCUCCUAACUGCGCUUUUCUUCACCUGAAAAAGACAUUUGAAGAGGUCACUGCGAUUGAGUUCUUUCAACUGGAACAGGAGAGACUCCGUGUCUACGUUAAGAAGAUGGCUCACAUGAAAAUUGCCAACUUGCGUGAUAAAGUGGAUGCCAUCAGCAGCAAUCUUAGAGCUCUGAUUUGAUAUUCACUGAUGCUUGUUUUUUAAUGGUGCACUUUUUGUAUGUUACUGUUCUAAAUAAAAUUUAAGUUAAUUUUG